UGUUGCUGCCUGUCUUCAGACAAAAAUGAAUUGAAUUCAGUUUACACUCAGAUAGCAUACAUAUUAAAUGAAUAGGGCGAAAUCGAAUUUCGAGCGACAAAGGAUUCAAUGGUAUAAUCGUUUAGAUAUUAUCCACCAAGAACAAGAAUGUUUAAAAAGUAAGGCGCAUAUAUAGAGUAUAAAGAAAGUUCGGUUCAGUUUGAGUAAAAAAAAUGUUUUUGAAUCUUCAUAAGCGCUUGGUAUACGAUUUCGUGUAGCAGCGUCAGUUACCAUUAAAAGUUUCAAGUGUACUGACAAGUUUUGAUUCUUAAGAAAAAAAAAGAAAACGAAUCUAUGGAAAAUAUGUUCAGCUUGAUCAUAACAAUUUAUUUAAUCGUUAAUAUAAACUGUCAACACACAUUCUUAAAUAAAAAAGAAACGGAAAUGUUUUAUUUGAAAAACUCUCGGAUUCCACGAUGGUUUCCUUUUUAUACGAUUGGUCGUUUUCGUAAUGACAAUUGCGUGGCCAGCAACAAUCAACAGGGCACAUGCAUGGUUAGAGGAGAGUGUACAGAUAAUGGCGGCAUUUUAGCUGGUAGUUGUUCGACUAUAACGAAUCAAGCAGUUUGUUGCAUAUAUGUUCGGACUUGCGGUGCAACGACACUAUAUAAUAAUACAUAUUUUUACAAUGCUGGUUAUCCGGGUACUUACAGUGGUGGCGGUAAAUGCACUAUAGUGGUUCAACCUUGUGAUUCUAAUAUAUGCCAGUUACGCAUCGAUUUCUUAUCGCUUUCGUUGGCACCACCCAAUGGUGACGGCUUCUGUUUAACAGACUCUUUGCAAAUUAUGGGAGGCUCAUCGCGCGUACCCUCCAUAUGUGGUGAGAAUUCUGGACAACAUGUUUAUGUAGACUUUAACGGUGAAACACCGAUUACGAUAGCUAUAGCCAGCUCAGUCAGUUAUACAUUCAAUCGUCAAUGGCAUUUUCAAAUAGCACAGUUAUCUUGCGCCUCAGCGACUUUGGCUCCAUCCGGUUGUCUACAAUACUAUACCCAAGAUACGGGAACAGUACAAAGUUUUAAUUAUAUGUCAGCUGGUAAUUCUUUACCCAAUACUAUAGGAGUGCCAGGUACCCGACAAAUAGCUAAUCAUCGCUAUGGAAUCUGUAUACGUAUGGCAGCUAAUAUGUGCUCAAUAACAUGGAGUCAAGUCGAUUCAGAUAAUUAUUCUUUUACCUUGACUAACGACGUUGGCGCAGUGGAUCCUGCUUUAUUGGCAACAGCAGCCGUACAGAGCCAAGAUUGCAAUACAGAUUUUAUUGUGAUACCUAAUCCACAACAAAACGGUGAAAAUUUACCUAGUGAUCGUUUUUGUGGUCUAGGAUUGGUAGCCACAACUACUGCCACCAAACCGUUCGUCUUAUAUGUGAACAACGACGACAACGAAGAUUUGGACAUAUCGAACAGAGGCUUUUAUUUGGCCUACGCACAAAACGCUUGUCCAAUCGUUUAAAAUUGAAUUAAAAAUAAGUUUCUCUAUUUAUAUUAUGAAUGAAGUCAAGAAACAUAUCAAAA